CAUACCUCCUUUCCCCGCUGUGUUGUCAAUGAGGCCAAGCGACAAAUGAGAGCAUUCCUGGAUGGGAGACAAGACAUUAUAUACUUGCUUAGGAACAAGGGUGGAGUCUAAAAAUGAAAUAUACUCUUAAGUUUUGGAACAGUUCAACAAAAUCAUUCUACACCAUAAGAAAAGUUCAUCUCCUGCAGUGCAACCUAUGCACACUGAAACAGCACAGUGACCAUAAAGAUAUUUAUGUUGUUACGUAUGUACUUACUAAUAUAUUUGCAUGAUUUUCAUGCACUCCAGUUUUUUCCUUUUAGUCCUUCCUAUUUAUUUGAUUAAUUGUUGAUGUUUCCUUUGAGGCUUUUCAGGUACUGAAUAUGCAAGAGUAAUAUGCUCACCCUAUGUUUAGUAAUGUAAUCAAAUAUCAAUUGUUAAAAAUGUCACAUUGGUGUACCUACUUAAUUCAAAUUUUAAAUAUAUAUAUCUCAGGCGAAUGAAUCAAUUGUGAAUUACUUUUACUGAAGCGUACGGUGAAAAUGGUACGACCGCUGUUAGUUAUGCGCAUGCGCAAUGGACAUUGCACGUCACCGCUUUUAACUCGAGGACGAUGGCCCUUACGAAGAUUUAUUAAGCAUACUCAUUUUUUAAUUUGCAUCCAUGAGGAAUCAAAAUGUUCCAUUCCUCCAUGUACAAUAUACUGGGUUCUGGACCUCACACUCCACUCAACAGCCUACAGCAGCAACGACAGCGACAGAUUGAGUCUCUGAAAGCUGCUCAUCCCAGCAUUGCAGAAAUCCAGAAAGAUGUGGAAUACAGGAUCCCAUUUACAGUCAACAGCUCCACUAUCACUGUUAACAUUCUUCUGCCUCCUCAGUUCCCUCAGGAGAAGCCAGUGGUUAGCAUCUACCCUCCUGUUGGUCACCACCUCAUCGACAGCAAUAAUGGCACUAUGAUCACGAGCCCUCUCAUCAGUAAUUUUGGAAUGCAUUCAGACCUUGGUAAGGUCAUUCAAAGUCUGCUGGAUGAGUUCUGGAAGAGUCCUCCUGCCUUGAUGUCUACUGGCCCGUCUGGCUUUCCAUAUAGUAUGUUCAAGCCAUCGAGCAUCCCUCCUUAUCCGACUCCGGGCUACCACUACGGUCCUCGACAUGUUGGGCAAAGUCAGACGCCACCUCUCGCACCAGCUCAAUCUGGAGUAGGACCAGUGCUUCAUUCUGCAGUUGACGGAGUCCAUGGGUCCCCCCGAGGUCCAACCCCUUAUGGCCUCAUUACUGACCUGCCAAUGCCUGUCCCCAUUGGAGACUUGCAGGUUGGCCUAAAUGGACAUAUGUACAAGAUGCCUGAGAUUCCAGAGUCUUUUCCUGAACUCUCUGACUUGAAUCUGACUCAACUGUCCAACAUGUCAGAAAAUGAGGAUGUAUUACUGAGAUUCUUCAUGACACUGCCUCAGCUCAAACAAGUCAUGAGUGACAAAGAAGAGCUGGUCACCAACAUUGUGGAUAUGGCAAAGAAAAACCUUCAAAUGGAGCCACAACUGGAAGGGAAAAGACAAGAAAUUAUCGACAAGUUUGAACAGUUGACACAACGGAAGUUUGCCUUUGAGACAAAGAUGCAGCGACAACACGAUCUCAGUGAGAGCUGUAGCCUGAGUACUCUUCAGGCUCGAUUAAAGGUUGCAGCACAUCAAGCCGAGGAUGACUCAGAAACCACGGCUGAAAACUUUUUAGAGGGACGCACCGACAUCGAUGAAUUUCUAACCAGCUUCAUGGAAAAGAGAACGCUUUGCCACAGCAGAAGGGCCAAAGAGGAGAAGUUGCAACAGUCCAUCCACACACAUGAACAGUUUCCUCCCACCCACUAGAACACAAGGUUUGGUGUCCUUUCAGUCAACUGCUGCCAACCAAAACAAUGAAGACAUUAGAUGCACACGCUGGGUCCACAUUGGGCACCUUGGAGAACAAAUCCAGCUAGCCCAGAAGCCCUUUCUUUUUCUGACAUCUAAGCUCUAAAAUUCAAGCCUAGUAAUGUGAAAGAAGGACUUAGACUUAAGUGUCAUCACAGAAGUGCAGAAGUGGUACAUGCAUUGAGGUCUCUGAUAAAUUUCUGAAGUUUGUGUUUUGAGUUCUCAUGCACAUGCUGUACCAUUUUUUUCUUUUAUAAUUCUUUUCCAAAUCAUGAAUAUUAUCACGGUGGCCAGUGGUGAGUGGGUGAACACUUUUGGAAGGAAGCGCAAAUAGCAUUUGACAGUAUUAUGUUCCCUUUUACUUGUUUUCAAUUAAGCAAGAAUGUCACGAUCAUAGUUGAACAUACUGUGCUUAAUGAACACGUUCACACUUUUCCGACAAAAAAAAAAAAAAAAU